UAUAAACGGUCUUGCAUAGAAAUCUUGCACAGUGGAAAACCUUCUUAAGUUCUUAAGUAGUUAAAUUAUAAAUAGAUAUUUUGUGCAAUUUUGUGUUGUAGCAACCAAUGGAAUAUUAAAUUACCUUGUCAAAAUAUUGUUAAAUAAUUAAACGAAUUAAAAAAUGUCUACUAUCUGACAAUAGUCAUAAUUUUAAAAUUUAUUAAGUUAUAAAAUAUAUAAUCAUCAGCAACAGUGAAGUUUUACAAAAAUCAUUUUUUCUUAUCAACAACAUAAACAAAUAACCCAACCUCAACUGCCGGUAUUUUUUUUUACAAAUUUUAAUUAAAAAAUAAAAAAAAUGAGAAAACAAUUUUGGCCAAAAAGUCCAGGUGAUGCGACAUCAAUGGUGUUUGUUUUGUUGAUAAUGCCUUCAGUUUAUAUGUUUGAGCUAACAAUUGUACUGCCAGAAUUAUAUCCAACCACAUCACUGGUGUAUUAUUUACAUUUUAUAUUUGGUACAUUUUUAAUGAUGAACAUUGUGGGUAAUUACAUCUAUUCUGUGCUAUGUGACACCAGUACAAGAACAACAAUAAUACAACAAUCAUUGAGUGAAUCAAGAAUCCAAGAAGGCUGGCAAUUUUGUUCAGCAUGUGAGUCAAUAGCUCCACCACGUUCUUGGCACUGUUCAACAUGUGAAAUAUGCAUUUUAAAACGUGAUCAUCAUUGCAUGUUUACUGGCUGUUGUGUUGGACAUUUUAAUCAUCGUUACUUCACAAUGUUUCUAUUGUAUCUAUUUAUUGCUACAACAUACUCAUUUAUUUAUAACAGCUAUUUUCUAUGGGGUCGUAUUCAUUUUCAAUUUCCAUUAUCAAUUAUUAAAUUUAUAUUUCCAUUUGCAAUAUUUGCAUUUGGAUUUGAUGAUUCAAUGGAACAAUUGUACUUGAUGUUUUACAUUGUGUGUGUCAUUGGAAUGAUAUUUACUGGUGUACUCAGUGUUUAUCAUGUUCAUCUGAUAUUAUCUGGAAGUGUUGCACAUGAAAAAUCAAAAAACAUUACAAAAUACAAUAAUGGCUGGCGUGAUAAUAUUAUUCAAGUAUUUGGUGACAAAUGGUAUUUGACUUGGAUAACACCUUUCAUCAAAUCAACUCUUCCACAUGAUGGAACAAAUUGGCCACCAUCAGCCACAUGGAAAGAAGAUUCAAAAAAUAGAUGAAAAUAGUAUUUAGUAUUUCACUUUUUUUUUAUGAUAUCUAUUAUUAUUGGGUUCGUGCGUCAACAUUUUUUAUUUAUGUAUAUA